GCUUCCCAUAUCCCUCACCGGCACCCGAGAGCCGAGGCUCUGCUCGGAAAUCUUCCUGGCCCCACUCAGUCCUUUGAGCUCUCGGAGAUUACCGCAUCUUCUUCCUAGCGCAGAGAAGUUGGGUCAGACCUGAACCCCUAAAAGCGGAACCGCCUCCCACCUUCGCGCCAGCCGCCCGCCGGGAGCUGAGUCGCCGGCGGCGGCGGCGGCGGCGGCGGACGGACCCGGGAGUUUCGUCUCGCACUGGAUGGAGCUGAACUUUGGGCGGCCAGAGCAGCGCGGCCGUCCGGGGAACGCUGUAUGCUGAGCUCCCCCGGAGAGACCCAGCGGCGGCUCGGGAUUUUUUGGGGGGCGGGGACCAGCUGCUCGCCGGCACCAUGUUCCUGGCGACCUUGUACUUCGCGCUGCCGCUCCUGGACCUGCUCCUGUCGGCGGAGGUGAGCGGCGGGGACCGCCUGGACUGUGUGAAAGCCAGCGAUCAGUGCCUGAAAGAGCAGAGCUGCAGCACCAAGUACCGCACGCUGAGGCAGUGCGUGGCGGGCAAGGAGACCAACUUCAGCCUGACAUCGGGCCUGGAGGCCAAGGACGAGUGCCGCAGUGCCAUGGAGGCCCUCAAGCAGAAGUCUCUCUACAACUGCCGCUGCAAGCGGGGUAUGAAGAAGGAGAAGAACUGCCUGCGCAUCUACUGGAGCAUGUACCAGAGCCUGCAGGGAAAUGAUCUGCUCGAAGAUUCCCCUUAUGAACCAGUUAACAGCAGAUUGUCUGAUAUAUUCCGGGUGGUCCCAUUCAUACCAGAUAUUUUCCAGCAAGUGGAGCACGUUCCCAAAGGGAACAACUGUCUGGACGCCGCCAAGGCCUGUAACCUCGACGACACCUGUAAGAAGUACAGGUCCGCGUACAUCACCCCGUGCACCACCAGCAUGUCCAACGAGGUCUGCAACCGGCGCAAGUGCCACAAGGCCCUGCGGCAGUUCUUCGACAAGGUUCCGGCCAAGCACAGCUACGGAAUGCUCUUCUGCUCCUGCCGGGACAUCGCGUGCACGGAGCGGAGGCGGCAGACCAUCGUGCCCGUGUGCUCCUACGAGGAGAGGGAGAAACCCAACUGCCUGACUUUGCAGGACUCGUGCAAGACGAAUUACAUCUGCAGAUCUCGCCUUGCGGAUUUUUUUACCAACUGCCAACCGGAGUCAAGGUCUGCCAGCAGCUGCCUAAAGGAAAACUAUGCUGACUGCCUCCUCGCCUACUCAGGGCUUAUUGGUACAGUCAUGACCCCCAACUACAUAGACUCCAGUAGCCUCAGCGUGGCCCCAUGGUGUGACUGCAACAACAGUGGGAAUGAUCUGGAAGAGUGCUUCAAAUUUUUGAACUUCUUCAAGGACAAUACAUGUCUCAAAAAUGCAAUUCAAGCCUUUGGCAAUGGCUCCGAUGUGACCGUGUGGCAGCCAGCCCUCCCAGUUCAGACCACCACUGCCACCACCACCACAGCCUUCCGGGUCAAGAACAAGCCCCUGGGACCUGCAGGGUCGGAGAAUGAGAUCCCCACUCAUGUUUUACCACCUUGUGCAAACCUGCAGGCACAGAAGCUGAAAUCCAAUGUGUCGGGCAGCACGCACCUCUGUCUUUCUGAUCGUGAUUACGAAAAGAACGGCCUUGCUGGUGCUUCCAGCCACAUAACCACAAAAUCAAUGGCUGCUCCUCCAACGUGUGGUCUGAGCCCGCUGCUGGUUCUGGUGGUAACCGCCCUGUCCACCUUUUUGUCUUUAUCUUUGGCAGAAACAUCGUAGCUGCAUUUAAAAAAAAAAAAAACAACAACAAUGCGGACAUGUAAAAAGACAAAAACCAAGCUAUCUGUUUCCUGUCCUCUUGUAUAUCUGAAAUUCCAGUUUUAGGAGCUCAGUUGAGACCCUGGGAAAACAGUUUCAUUCAACUGGAACUUUUUCUUUCUUUCUCUCUUUUCUUUUUUCUUUCUUCCUUUUUUUUUUUUUUUUUUUUUUAAGAAAUCUUAUGAACCUUAGGGCUUCUAUGGGAUACCUGAUGCUGUGCUACAUUCCAAAUUCAAAAGGCUUUGGGGCAAGCUGUGUCGUAAAGGGGGAGUUUGUAAAGUUGGCUGUCUAACAAACUGGGCCCAUGUUUUACAUGAUGAUGUCGAUGACUUUAACAAUUUACCUCUGGCCGUUACUAGCAAGAGAAAGGAGUUAGUAUUGCUAAAGAAUCUUCCAGAGUCACGUAAUGACUGGUUUCUAAUGACAUCAUUUUAGCCUAACAUGGGUGCAGGUUUUGGUGGGAUUUUUUUUUUUUUUUGUCACAAAGCAAAGAUCCUCAUCAAGGGGAUCUUGAUGGACUUUGUGCAAACCAGUUUGCAUCAAUGUUCACCUUUUCUAUAUGUACUAACAUUUUCCACAUUGUGUACUACAAACAGUUCUACACUCUCCUACCAAACAAAAGACACCUGUUGCAUCCAAACGUAGUGUCUGUCUUCUAGUCAGUGUGGCGGAGGGGAGUGGGGGGAAGCGAGUGUGCAUGAACGUUUGCAGUACCUUGAUUGUUGAACGACACUCUCCCAAGCCUUCCCUGAGCGAGAAGCCCUUUAACUAACAGGAGUCCAAUAUAGCCGAUAAUGUCACUCUAAUACUCUUUACACGUAUGAAGUUAUAUGUAGGAAAAAAAAUUUUACUACCAAAUGAUUUCAACUAUUGGCUUUCUAUAUUUUGAAAGUACUGAUACUGUCUUCAUUUUUUACUGAUGAUUUAAUACAAAAUACAGGGAGCUCGUUUCCCUCUCGUAAGUGGUGUUCGCUCCGAUGCUAACUUCACGAAGACAGCUCUUCAAAAGCAGACUGGGACGAGUCUGUGCUUUAGCAGAAAGCUCUGCACCCCGUUACUGCGGACAGGCAGGAGGAAACAGAACAGCCAGGUGUUGUCCUUUAUCAUUUCUUGACAUGCAAGCGUGCAUUCCCGUGAGGAAACUGGUGGCCAUUUGUCAAUGCCCUGCAAAAUCUGAUGGCACCUGUGACAGUUGACACAAUCCAGUACCUUGGUUUUCAUGUGACUUGACAGAGACUGGUUUGGCUGGGACGGAGGGCAGGGACCUGCUGCCCUCUCUUCUGAAGCAGAUCCUUGCCAGCCUACCCAGGUCUUUUCCUGAGGGUUGUCUUGACUCUCAAUGGUGAUGACCUCGCCGCUGGUUAGAGUGAUUUGGUCUGAAGGUCAUCAGGACCCUACUUGCAUCUUGUUAUGUUGUGUGUCCUCCAUGACAGACUUUGGCAGACUGUGUGGGAAAGAAAGAAGGCUGUGGAUCAGGAGGACCAAUGAUAGGUCUGUGGAGAAGAGUUGGCUGGUAAAGAUAUAAGGAACAGGACUCUGGAUGCAAGGCAUCUGGCUUGUACACUGCACAUCAUCUUCCAUCAUUCUCAUCCUUAAACAAGUAGACCCUGAAGUGCACUUUCAAAGUCUGGUUGAUGGCCACAUUCCGAAUCUGCAAUGAUCGAGUGCUAGGAGCCAUGCUUCUCCAACACCGAGUAGAGAAGAGGAGAUUCCACCUGAAGAGAGUGCUGGGAGCAUUAUCUCUCCCACAUCAGUAGGGGGGCUGGAGGAGGAACUCAAGGUGCACAGUUCAUACUGAUCCCCUUUGCCCGCUGAUGUUUGCCUUGUAAGAAUUAAUCAAAUCACUGGGGUGGGAAAUCUGUUCGAUCCAAGAUAAAGGCAUAGUCUUUUAGCUCUUAUUGGUGUUUGAAGUACAUUUAUAUCCAAAUGUUAAUAAACAUAAAUGUAUAAUACCAAGUACUGAGUUUUUUCAGUUCAAACUGUUUUCAAGGGAAAUUCAUCAAACAGAUUUGAGUCGUGAAAGGUUUCAUAAAGACUGUGACUUUGAAUAAACACGUUAAAUGUGUCGAAA